AUGAUCAAUUUUGAUGAAUUUCCUCCUAAAUAUGAUCCAAGCGUGAGACCACCGGCAUUGACCACUGGGCUAAUUAUAUUUACCUUUAUGUUGUUUGUUAUCAAAUCGUUGACAUCAUACACUUUUGAAUCUUUGAUUUUGUAUCCUCGAGCCCCAUUGGAUUUGAAUUUAAACAGUAUUUCCCUUUACUCAUUAUUUCAUGUCAACUUCUUUCAUUGGAUCUGUAAUAUUUUCACUUUAGCCACUCCCUUGGCCGUAUUUGAAACUAGAAAUGGUACUAUUCACACUGGGAUAACUUUGAAUUUAUUAACGGUAAUUGCUGCCUUACAAUACUGUAUUGUAGGAUUAAUUUUUUAUCCAAACACUGGGGUUAUUGGCUUAUCAGGUAUAGCGUUUCUGUUGAUGAGCUAUAUGGCCUACCAUGAAUCUAAAUUCAAGCCAAUAGUGCACACUUUUCAUAUAAGUAAUAGUUUGGAAAUCAAACUCUACACAUUAUACGUGCCAUUUAUUUUGGCAAUUGUAUUCAUGAUUGUGUUCCCUUCCAGUUCAUUACCAGGCCAUUUAUUUGGGAUUACUACGGGCUAUUUGCUAAGUUACGGUUACAUUGAUAAAUUGUACCCACCAUCUAAAGUUAUUACCACUAUUGAAAACAAAUUGAGCUCGUUGAUCAACUUUUUACAAUUGAUCGUUACAUUCUAUAAGGAAGAAGAUAGUUUGGUAACAAGAGGAAGUGUUGGGUAUAAGCCACUUUUCGAUCAAGACAUUGAACACGGUGCAGCUAAUGCCCCAUCCCACGGUUCAAGUACGUUUGUGGGUGAAACUAGAGUAUUAGGAACAAGAGAAUCAACUGUAUAG